AUGUUAUUCAACAAACUUGUGUCCCUCGCUUUGUUGGCUGCCACUGGCUCAAGCUGCGCCGACGUUCCCAAGGGCGCAGCUUUUGACCACAUCUUUAUCAUCUUCCUUGAGAACACCGACUACGACCUGGCCAACUCUGACCCCAACCUCCGUUCCCUCUUCUCAAGCGGCGUUGCUCUCAGCAACUACCAUGGAGUUACUCACUCCUUCCAGCCCAACUACUUCACUGCCAUUGCCGGAGACUUUUUCGUUACAGGGACAGAUUCACCCACAACAUGGGCACCUCUUACAAGACGGUCGUCGACCUUUUGGAAGCAAGGGUCUGACCUGGAAACCCUACCAGGAGGACAUGCCCUCGACCUCCAAGCUGGUAACCUCCCCAACUACUCGUCCUACACUCCCAACGUCAAGAGCGAUGGUCAUGAUACCACAGUUGCCUAUGCCAGCAAUUGGUCCACGGGUUUCUUGGCCCUCCUCCUGUCCAACCCGACUUUCAACAAUGACACCCUUGUAGUCUUGACCUUUGAUGAAGCGGACGAUUAUUUCGACAGCUGCAACCAUGUCCUUGGAUUGUUGCUUGGAAGCGCUGUCCAUAAUAUCAAGAACACAGUCGACAGCACAUUUUAUACCCAGUACUCGCUCAUCUCGACUGUUACUGCCAACUGGGUCUUGACAGUUUGGGUCGCAACGAUAUCAACAAGCCCGUCUCCAACGUCUUUAGCUUUGUCGUGA